AUGUCCCAGCUCCGUGACGUUUAUAGCACCAGUGAGGUGGACUCAUCCGGCGCAACGACUCAACCGACCGCUGCCAAGAACGACGAUACCCACCGGUUCACCAUCUCAGACUAUCUCGACCAGGCUCAGGCUCUGGGUGUCAACAACGACGGCCCCGCUGCCCCCUCGCCCUCGUCGUCGUCGUCGCCGACCACUUCAGGCCCCAUUGCGCGCGUACAGGCUGGACCUUCGCGCCCACCACGGCCAGACGCUGACCUCGACAUUGAAGCCAUCUCUUCACCGCCGACUAGCCGUCAACACUUCCCCCUGCCCCCUACUUCUUCGACUUCCACCACACGCGCGCAGCAGACCCCACUGCGCACUCCUCCUCGACAAGCCCACGACGUUCUUGGCGGUCUCACCAGCUCUGGCAGCGGUGUCCUUCCUCCCGUGGUGUCUCGUUCAACCCCUCCCUCUUCCUCUUCUUCCCAACCACUCCCACCCACAACGUCGCCCAAGUCGCUCACCCCGCCGCGCCUGUUGCGAAAGCCCGUCCGGGACCCUCUCGGCGUGAUGAUAUCCCCUCUCGGCCCUGGGCCAGAACCCUACCCGAACUCGCCAGACGGAAACGCGUCCGACAUUAGCGACAGCAGGACGUCACAGGACGUCUACGUUCCCCAGCUCACGUACCCUCCCCAGAGCAGGUACCCGGGCUACUCGGACUCGCGCCCGGCUUACAUGGGCGGCAACAACCGGCCAUCACCGCCGCGCGGGCCUGUCGCUGGUCAUUCGACAACGUCGCCCACACGACCGGGGAUGAGCAUGAACCAGAAACAGCAGAGCGCGUUUGCACGGCAACAGACCCACCAGCUGCCGCCUGGCGCGGCCGCUUCUGGUCCCCCCAUGACCAUUGACGGUGCGCUGAUGUCGCCCACGACCCAGGGUGUGCUGUCCGACGACGAGGACGACGACGACGAUGAAAAGCAUGCUGCGCCACCGUUGCCGGAAAAGUCGCGCAACUCGGUCGCCGCCGUGCCGCCUGCGCCUGUCAAGCUCAGCCGCGGGGACAAGGCCGGCGUACAACUGCGCAAGCUCAUUCCUGCGUCCUUGGCAUGUCGCCUGCUGCUCCUGACCGUCUUCCUCGAGGCCGUGAUCGACAUUGCCAUCCAGGCCAACAUUCUGUGGCGGUUCCAGCUCGAGGUCGACAGCGCCGAAGAGUCGUCAGACACGACGUCCUCGGCUCUCGAGGCUAACAAGCGCCGCUUGCCCGUCUAUCUUUACAUUUUCGUCACGGCGCAUAUCGUCCAGCUGGGACUGACAGUGUACGCCAUCCGCACGCGAAACACCAUCCAGGUCAUCGGCUUGGCCAUUUUCAACGGCCUCUUUGUCAUCUACGCCGGUAUUGAGAUUGAGGAGAUUCGCAACAUCCUCGGCAACACGACACCGGCGGCAAACGCCCAGACGACACACAACUUGCUCACGCUCCCGCUCAACGUCCUGACGGCCAUUGUCAUUGCCGUCGUGGCCGCGUCCGAGAUUGCCGUCGUGGUUCUCACAUGGUUUAUCUGGCGCGAAUUCGGUUGGCGAAUCUACCGCUUCUUGGGCGCCGACCUGCGCAUCCGCCGCUUCUACCUGCAGUACCAGAUCUUUGAGUGUAUCUGCUGCUUUUCAUUCUUCUUCUUUGCCGGAUUCGGCGUGCAGUUCGCGCUGCUCGUCCUGAACAAUUCCGACCCGGAGUACAUCAUCACGUGGAUCAUGUUCCCCGUCCUCCUCGUGUGGCUCGGGCUCGGCGUGAUCGCCGCCCGCCGCGAACUGAUGUGGGGCAUGGUCGCGUUCGUCACGGGCCUGCUCUGCGGCACCGCCUAUUUCAUCUACAAGCUCGUCCGGAUCUGGACCGACCGCGCCAAAUACUCCAUGGUCGCGAAAUCGCUCACGGCGUUUGGCUGCCUGUCGCUCGUCAUGAUCAUCCUGUGCACGGUCUACGGCUCGAUCGUGUGGCACAAUUUCGGCAGGGGGCUCAAGGAGCAUGUGGCCGAUAAGAAGAAGGACAAGAAAGAGGAAAAGAACCAGAUGAUGGCCCUGUCGCCGCAGUACAAUGCCGGAGGCUUUGGCGGGCUCGGACACGCCCCGACUCGGCAGCACCACAGGCUCACGAUCGAUUAA